AUGGCCCACCGUCACUACCAAAGACCCCAGGAGAUGGCCCAAGGGACACCAUCCCGCUACAAAUACCUAGUCAUCAAAAACGAAGACUUCGACCCAGAAUGGCCCGAAAGCGGAGUCCACACCUCCAUCUUCGACUGUGCCGAAAACCCAUCACCGAGUAACUCAGACAGCCGACCUCUCUUCCAUCUUAUCGAAUAUGGGCCUGCAGCCCUACAAUUUCUGAAACGACAGAUAUGGAACGUAAAUCUAAGCGAAGAGUUAACGGGGACGGGGUGUAAAUACUUCCCCGUGAGCUUAGAUCCGGGAAGAUUAUUCGACGGGAGGGUAGAUUUGAAUCGAUUCUGUUUGGUACUAAAGUUGGCGAAUUGUAAUGCGGCUGUGAGGGAUGUUGUGGGGGUUGCUUUGGAUGAUGAGAUCGAGGAUCUUAUUGCAGAGUUUUCGGCGACGGCUGGGCCGUUUACCACACUUGCCUAUCAUUAUUAA